AUGGAUCUGGGCUCGUUCCUUUCGGACGAGACCUUUGGAUCCUGGGCAGAUGACGAAGUUGACGUAGGAACGCUUUCGAUUCCCGCCAGAGGAGCAGCCUCUGCGUCGUCCUCGACAUAUACCCCAUUUUCUUCUUCCCACGCGUCCAGUCGCCCAUUUGAUGAUUCCAGACCUGAACGCAAAGAGUACCCCAUUCCAGACCAACCCCCAUACAGAGCCAGACUGAACAACUUGCCUUGGGAAGGUACUGAACAGGACGUUGCUGAGUGGUUCAUCGAUGCUUUGCAGCUAGAGCAUCCCGAAGAGCAGUUUGAAAGACUGAAUUUUCCAACCGAUCCACAGAACCCAGGCAAACUGAGAAACUUUGGGUUCAUUACAUUCAACUCCAGAGACCUUCUGGAGAGGGCCUUGGGCCUUUCCGGUGAAUCUUUCAUGGGCAGAAGAGUGUAUGUUUCCGUUGCUGCUCCAGAGGACGAGAGAUUUGGUCGUGGUCCAAGAGACGAGGAGCAGAACUUUGACUGGGGUGCAGCCAAGGGAUCUGCCCGUGGCGAGGAUCUCCCACCUAGAAGAGGCGGUAUGAUGAGAGAACAGAGAGAGCCAAGAGAGCCAAGAGAAGACCUACCUGAACCUGAUUGGAACAUCAGAGGGCAAGCUCCUCCUGCCCGUGAACGCCAGUUCACUCCAAGGGAACCAAGAGAGCCAAGAGAGCCCAGAGAGGAUCUACCAGAGCCAGACUGGAAUAUCAGAGGUCAAGCUCCUCCUGCUCGCGAGCGUCAAUUCACUCCAAGAGAACCUAGAGAACCUAGAGAACCAAGAGAGGACUUGCCUGAACCUGAUUGGAACAUCAGAGGACAGGCUCCUCCAGCUCGUGAACGUCAAUUUACCCCCAGAGCACCCAGAGAACCAAGGGAACCAAGAGACGAACUACCUGAACCAGAGUGGAACGUGAGGGGACAGGCUCCUCCAGCCUCUAGAAACAGAGCACCUAGAGAGCCAAGAGAACCCAGGGAACCAAGAGAGCCAAGGGCAGACGUCCCAGAGCCAGAAUGGAAUGUCAGAGGCCAGAAGCCUCCAGCUGCCACCAGACAAAGAUCGGAGAGAUUCGACAGAUCUGAGAGACCAGAAAGGGCCGAGAGGCCAAAGCGCGACGAGCCUCAGUUGGACUGGGGUGUUAGAGGUCAAGCUCCACCACGUGAGAAAAGAAGAGAGUUCAAGAGAAAAGACUCCAAGACUGAGACCAGGCCCGAGGCUAAGUGGACCAGAGGCUCUGCCGAGGCACCUGCUGAGGCACCUGCUGUGAAGCCAGUUGCCAAAUCGGAAGACGGCCCAAGGAAAUCUGCCUUUGCAGUCUUGGCUGUUGACGAAGAUGAAGAGAGCCCGGAGAAGUCCGAGAAGUCGGAGAAGGACUCUGUUGCUGAGAUUACCGAGUCUGUGUCUGGACUCCAGGUGUCUGAAACUAGUGGUUGGGACGUUGUCGGUAAGAAGAAAUGA